GGAUGUCAUGGCUGUUAUUUGUUUACCUGAUCAUUGGUACCUGUUUUCUCCAUUUUGGGUGAGGGACUCUCCAACCUUAUGGUAGCAAGUUUGCUUGAAGAAUUGGCCAUUGGGAUUUCUUUGUACAAGGGUGAGAUUAAUGGAGGUUAUAUGAAUGUAUAUAUAGUACCUGCUGGUUCCUCAAUAGGGUACAAUGCAGCUGUGCUGUGGAGGCGAAUCCUCUUAGAGUUGGCAGAAGGAAUUCGCCUUUGUUUCAAUAGGUAUGAUUGAAAUAGAGAAGCCAAUAAUCUGCUUAUUGUGGAAUCCCUGGUUAGAGUUGUGUUUUAAACCAAUAUGCCUUCUGCUGUCACCAAGUUUGUGGGUUUAUUUGACAAGAGAGAAAGUUUCUCUUGGACUUAGUCCACAGUGCCCAUAAUCUCCUAUUGAACUGGCUUUAGAGAUAUCCACCAAUCAAAACCCAAGAGUUCUACAUGUAAGGUGGGAGUUUCGCAGGCAGUAAGUUUUGGGGUUCCCUUUCAUAUUUGCACAUAUAGUUAUGUAAAUGCUUUGUAAAUCAUUCCUUAUUAUUGCAAGCCACUAUGUACCAUAACUUGUGGAGCAGGGUUUGUCUAUGAUCAACACAAGGACAUACAAAUGUACUUAAUCAUCUCAAAGGUUUUAUGGUAGGCAAUCCAGAAGCCGAUUAUUAUUAUGAUUAUAGUGCCUUGCCAAGAUAUGCUUGGACCUGUUAUGUGAGACCAAACCAGCCCCACUUCAAAGCCAAACAAGUGUAGUCUUCAAAGUCUCCAUACUAAUUUGCCUGACCCUGAUGAGUGCAACAAUUUCAUGAACAAAGUCUUUGAAGAAUAUACAGAGAUGGACAAUUUCAGAAAAAAGAGAGACGUCAUCAACGAUUUCUCUAGGAUCCAUGGUAACUAGAUGGCUGGUUUUAGCAUGUUCCUUGAGAAUUGUAGCAUUGAUCUUGCUGAACUUUGGACCUAUGCGUUGCUCUCCUUCUAGCUUUAGAGCUUAACAUUAACAAUACCAGCCAUCAACCUCAUAGG